AUGAUAAAACGUAGUUUGGCGGAACUGAGUGAUGGUGAUGAUUCUAGUGAUGAAGAAAGACUCCAAAGACCAUUGAAGAAAUCAGGGAAAUUAAGUCAUGCAAAGAGCACUGCAAGUGAGAGAGAUCAAGCGAGUGUCGAGGACACUCAUGAAGAACCUUGGGAAGAAAACUAUUUGACUAUGGAAAUAGAAGGCCUGCAUGGUGAUAAAAUAGGGCCUCUGCUGCGAGCAUCUGACAUCCCAUUGGCAAAAAGACUGCCGAAAGCGUUGAAGAUGAUGAAAAGUAUGGGCUAUAACAUUGACGAAACAGCAGAGUCUGGCUCUAAGCGUACCGUAGGUAUGGUACCUGUAGAACGUAAACUAGAUAGAAUUGGUAUCCGAACUAAACCAGCGUUAUCUGAGACUGAGGACGUCGCUAAUGUGGAUGAUUUUAGGGAACGGAUUAAUAACGAGAAAAAUACUGAAAGGAAACUCCAUUUAUUAAAACACAUGCAAAAACUUGCUUUCACAUUGACUGGUGACGUUGAUAACUUCUACUCUUCCAGUGAUCCAAGAGAUUUCAACGUAUUAUGGCGAAGCUAUGUGAUAGAAUUACUGCAGAACUUAACGCAUAAAAGUCUAGGAAAUGAAUCAGAAGAUGAUGGACAUAACCAUGACCACCCUGAACAAUCAUCAAACGAUGUGAUUCCAGUUGAUGGUGAGUUGGAAAUGCUUCAACAACUUACCAUAGAUGAGAAGAUCAAGAAAUUAAACACAUUUCUAAGAACGGAACUAAGGUAUUGUUUCUACUGUGGUAACAAGUACAAAGACGAUGCUGACCUUUUUGCGCAUUGUCCUGGCUUCACGGAAGAAGACCAUCAAUGA